GCUAGGGCGAAAGGCGAUGUUUAAAAAAAUCAAUAUGAAGGCCACAACGUGCGGGAGUUCGUGAAAGUUUAGCAAGCGUUAUUAGUCAAUGAUGUCGGGGCGUUGUGCACUCGAAUUGAUAGCCAAUAACUCGCCAGGACUGCCGCCGCGGCAGUGACAAGAUGGCCAACUGAAAGGCUCGAAAGCGCGAGACCAGAAAAAAGCGAGCCAAAAGCAGCAACCAGCCACCAAGUGAUGGCCUCCUCCACAUCCUCUGCGCGUGUGAACAGCAAACCAGCCCCAGCCGCCAUCGCCGUCGCCACCACCACCACCACCGCUCCCCCUCCCGUUUCCUCCUCGUCAUCUGCGCCCGUUUCCGGUCCCGCCUCCUUGGCAGGAGCUGCCCCUCCCGCUCCUUCUGCCACUUCCGGUUUUCCAGCUGUGACCCUAAGCGACCUGAUUGGCCAGCAACUGAAGCACCUGAAUCCCGAUGAGCUGCUCCACAAGGACGAGCUGCAGCUGCUCGUGCUCCUAACACCCGUGCAGCGCCAGAAGUUGAGCAGGGAUCUGGAGGAUGUCGAGCUGGGGGCCAGCACUUCAACGGCGGCGCCACUUUCCCGUCCCGAAAACGCCGAGGAGGAUGAGGAUCUGAUUGGGGCAGUGGGCGGACUGGGGAUCUCUUCACCACCCACGACCAAGGAUCCGCUGCUGGAUUUUAGGCCACAAGUACUCAAAUGGUUUCAACAUCUGCGCCACCAAUCCGGCCACUUCAAGUCGGAGGAGGAGUCGCGUCGUCUGCGGGAGGCUGGCAACGAUUCUUACCGCAAGGAGCGUCAUCCGCUCAAGGCCAGCGAUCUCUUCACGGAGGCCAUCUUCCUGGCCCCCGCCCGGAACACGCUGGCAGCCGCCCUAGCUCACGCCAAUCGCUCCCUGGCCCUCUUUGAUUGCGGCCUUUAUGCGGAAUCCUACGAUGACUGCCUGUGCGCCCUGGACCUGGGCUAUCCGGAGGAGUACUUGCCAUUGAUUAAGCUGCGCCAAGCCGCCUGUGCCUUAAAACUGCGCAACUUUGCGCUCUGCGAGGAGCAUCUGCACGAGCUCCUGCACAUCGAACUGAACCAGGUGUUCGAAACGAGGACCCACGAGCUGUGGCACCAGUGCGAGGUGCUCAAGGUGGAGCGCUUCGAGAUGGCCGUGCAAACGGGCGAUGAUCUGGAUACCAACGAUUCGAAAGCCUUCGAAAUAGCCUGGUUGGACAACUCAUCCUCGCUGCACACCACCCGGGCGUUGGCCAAAAACGCCCUGAUCUUCGAGUCCGAGGCGGUGGCCAUGGUGCCCAGUGGCAACUGCCGGGUGUGCGACCACUGCGGGAUCACCCAGUUCAUUCCCUUCCCCUGCAUUUACUGCUCCAACCGCCAGGUGGUCUACUGUUCCCGCAAGUGCCGCUUCAAGCACGCCGCCAUCCAUGCGGUGGAGUGCUUUGGCCACCAGAUCGAGCUGUUCGAGUCCUUCGGCGAGGUCUUCGGGAUGCCGCGACUCCUGCAGCUGGCCUUCCGGAUGCUGAUCACCGGGCUGCCGGAAAUGCUGAGCCACUGCCGUAAGAAGCCUACGCUGAGCAAACUCUGGGCGGCCAUCAAUGGGAGUCUGCAGGAGCGCCAGGACAUCGCCUACAGUGCUGUCCUCCGCUUGGAGCGGUUGCGGGAGGAGCGACCCACGGAUACGGUGAUUGCUCUGGCCCUCGUCUGCCACAUCCUGGCCAUUUACCUGAGCAAGUGCACCAUGUUCUUCGAGCAGCUGGAGAAAAGCCUGCCCACGGCCUCCCGGAUGUCCAGUGCCGAGUGGGAGCUGCUCUGUGCCGCCCUGCUGAUGCGGCACAUUGGCCAGUUGCGCCACAGAUCGCUCACCGCCUGCCGAUCCUUCGUCCUGCCCGCUGAUCCUCACGUCUUCUCGCCGCUCAACGAGUUCCAGCUGUGGGCCGCCCCCAUGCGCCUCCAGGAGGGUCGCCUCCAUCUGCUGGCCGGUGAGGUGGCCGUCGUCUCGUACGCCGUCUAUCCGGAUACCCUCAGUUUGUGCCGCCACAGUUGCUCAUCCACGAUCUGCGCCAAGUUCUCCGGCCGCAAGGUGACCGCGUUGGCCCUGCUGGAUCUACCAGCGGGAUCGGGGAUCUACAACUGCUUCGCCGGCGGUAACUUCCAGCAGAUGCCGCGGGAGGAGCGCAGCAAGCAGCUCCAGGAGCGCGGCAUUAGGUGCCACUGCAACGCCUGCCAGCUGGCGCCCUCGGAAGAUCAGUUCCACAAGUUUCAUCGCUACCGUUGUGAUAAUCCAAAGUGCAUGGAAAUCUUCACGCCCAAGGCCCUGCCACAUGCCCCAAAUCUGCGCUGGUGGCUCUCCGAGGAGUACACCCAGCCGGAGUUCAAUGGCGCCGAGCUAAUCCAGUGUCCCCAUUGCGGGGAGUUCCAGAAACUGGAGUGGUUCUGGGCCUUCACCACGUCCCUGAUCGAUUGUGAGCUCAUCGAGGAGCGCUGCAAGCUGUACGCGGCCAUCGAGCGGGCCGAGAACCAACUGAUGGACCUGCACGAGUGCAAGGUGGCUCUGGCCAGGCUCCUCUUGGAGCAGUGCCUCAUGGUGCACCGUGAGGGCGCCACCGUGCUGGACGACUGGGAGUUCAACAAACUGGGAUCCAUCUUGCGAUCCGUACUUCCCGGCGUUAUGGCUCAGUACGGCGGUCAGUCGAUCGAGUACGUGAAGUACUUCGCGUACUUCUGGGAUGUGAUGGCCCUGAGCAACUACAAGUGCAACGAUCGGGAGCUAAUGCAAAUGCUAAACGCUUUGGAGUUCAUCGCCGAUGAGUUCAAGGAUAUAUUCAUCAACUACUACGAGGAUUAUAUUGCGCCCAAAUUCGCUGAAGAGUCCUAUGGCAGUGUCGUAGAUACGCAAGUUUAGAGAAAGAGCAAACCGAAACCAUGAAACCGAGCAAAGUUAAAUAAACUUAGAUAUAUUUUACUCUGUAGCGAAAUGAAACGAAAUGAAAAACACCCACAAAAACUUCUAGGAAAAUUCUAUUGUUGACCCAUACAAAAAACAUAAAUGCAUAUAUACUUUGUGCUAUUAUUAAAAAAAUGGUGCUGAGAUAUUAAAUUGUACGAAACGAAUGUUACAUUCAUUUAGGUGAUUAAGUCAAGGCAAAUAGCGUGCGAGAGAAAUCAAACGAUCAUAUUAGUAGAGAGUCAUAUCAUGCACACAUUAUGUUCAUAUCACACCUAGGAAAUGAUUAAUUAACUGAUUGAUUAUAUAGCAAAUGACUUUUUCAUUAUGCAUUGCGAGCAAUAUUUAUGAAUUACCAAAGCUAAAAGUGGAACCUACUUGGAGUGCCCACUGUAUGGAUGUCUAUGAUUGGAGUCUUUAAAAUUUAGUCAAAUUUAAGUAGAACCCUGAACUCAAAAUCUAGAUGAUCUAUACAGUGAGCAGAGCCAGAAUGGAAUACUUAAUCGGUAGAUAGGCCGAAGCAAAUCUAAGUGUAAGCAUUAAUUUAGCUUCUGAGAAGCUUCUACCUAAGUGUAGCCACUGAUCUCGAUUGUUUGCCAGGAACACGACGAAUUGUUUUAUCCACUAAAGAAGACCUUUUUCAAUCACUUACAUACAUAUGUAUUUGCUUGCCAUCGGGCAGCCUGACUGUAAGCUUUUAAUGCUUAAAAAUCAGAUAGGAAUCAAACGCAAUCACUGCAGAAACCAAAAAAGAAAUAAAAAGGAAAACAACAAGACAACAAAUGAACAAUUUAAAUUAAUGAAUAUUCGAAUUAUAUGAACGAACAAGUGUUUUUCAAACCUCGCCUUAAUUUUUUAAAGUGUUUUGACAUACGGUAAAGAUAACGAAGACAAAAACAACAGCAACACGCACUGAUACAGCAUAGGCCAGGCAAAAUUCACACCGACACGCCCACACACACGGACACACAAUCAGACACGCGAAUCUAUAUAAAUAACUAAAUACAAAUUACAAACAAGAUACUCAAACAACUUCUAGCAGCUAUAAACAAAUGCAAUAAAUUCUUUUUAACAACAAA